GUGCGCCGAGGUGGCGUUAUCAACCUUAUUACUGUGCCCGCUCCAGCUCGAGCUCCUCGGGAUCCACGGCCGCCGGAGGCGGCCGGCACAAUACUAGUCAACGGCAGAAAGGCAAUCAAAGCGAUGAGCAUCAUGUCGGGCGCGUCCCUGUCGCCGCCCAUGACGGGCUGUGAGGCGGCCGACAGGCUGAUCCGCCGUGCCCGCAGGUCAUUUGACGACAUUGUGGCGGCCAAGGAGAGGGCCCAGGCGGACGUGGAGGCCAUCGCCAAUGAGAUGUCCGCCAUGGUGGCGGCCAAAGGCGGCGUGUGGCAGCUCACCGACACCGAGGGAGAGAUCAUGGUCAAUGCCGGUAAAGACGGGACGGAACAGACAGGCAGAAAUGGGCAUAUGUGUGUGGUGCAAAUGUCCGUCACUCUCUCACUCUCUCUGUGUGUGUGUGUGUGUCUGACCAGGCGGUGUGGUCUUCCCAGUGAGUCGGCGCGCCCUGUUGAUGCCCUUCAUGAAGCGGCGAUACAUCUCAGUGCUGCUGAUGCAUCACGCGGGCGGCCUGCCCAAGGAUCCCGACGGCCACCUCUACCUCGAGACGUCAUCGGCAUACUUCGAGGCCUUCUGGGACGAGCUGACCCUCUACCAGACUGGCCGUACCGACACCGUGACCCUGCCGGCAUCCAAGGCGUCAGAUCCCCUUUACAACGACUACCACGCCCUCUUCAUGAGUGAGAUCAGCUGCUACUCGGCCCCCCAGCAGACCUCCGCUGCAGCCACGGCCGCGCCGAUGGAGGUCGACGGCCACACACCCGACACACAGCCGGCCGACACAUCCGAUGAGAUGCAGCAGCACAUCCGUGAGUGUGAGGAGGCCCUCCGGGCCCAUGGGGCCGCCAUGGUGGGGCUGCGGGCGGUGCGCGAUGACAUCCAGCGGUUCCUGACGGCCAUGGAGCCCUUCUUCGCCAGCCGACACGCCGAGGACAAUGCCAUUCUGAGCCUGACCAUCCACAGCCGGAAGGUGUCGAUCAUGCGGAAGAGCCUGGAGCGGCUCGGCCACAACCACCCCCUGCUGACACGCUUCUCGACGUAAGAAUGACACACAGACACAGAAAGAGGGGGACGAGGGGAUGAUGCGCAUUGGUGUUGGUGUCGGUUCUGAUGGUGGUCAGGACGCCCCCCUGUUUUGCCGACCGUUCUGUGCGGCAGACGCCCACCAAGUGCUUCAUGGCGGCGGUGGAGUUUGCGCGCUGCAUCGCCACCAUGCCCACCGAACGGCUUAUCCGCCCGCCACUCGUCGAGGAGGGCGACAAGCGUCACUUCGUAGAGGACAUCGUAAGUGAGACACACAGAGAGGGCGGCACACACAGGAAGGAGCUGCUGUGUUGGUCAUGUGUCGUGUGUCAGGAGAUGUAUGGGUUGAAGUACCAGCCCCUCUGCAAUGGCGUGACGAGUGGCGACUUCGUCAUCGAGACGGCCGAGGAGUGGGGCAAAGUCAUCGACAUGACCGGCAAACACUCACCCACAGCCACACUCAUCUACAAGUGAACCCGGCCAGAGGGAAAGAGACACACAGAGAUCGUUGUGGUGCAUGUUGAUGUCAGGUCGAGUCGCGACACGCUUUCGUAUGCCUCCCUCUUCAACAAGGUGGUGGGCAAGGGCGGCCUCCUGUUCGCCAUCAAGCAGGGCGACACACAUCGCUUCGGAUGCUUCAUCGACGGCGAGAUCGAACCACCUGCUGACCCCACAGAGACCAACCAGUACAGGGCGCCAGUCGUCUUCUUUUCGCUGUCGGGUGCGUACGAGACGCCCACGAAGAUCGAGCUGCCGGAGGAGAGGCAGUGGGUGGAGGUGGCCGGCACACAGGGGGCGGUGGAGGACCCAAAGUGGCUGCCGCUUGCCAAUGUGGCCAUCGCCCGCGGUUACCUGUGCCUUGGCUUUGCCAUGCCAGGUCCGGCGGCCGACCUCAGCCGCUGCUGUCAGUGGAUUGAGGAGCAGCAGCUGCCGGCGGAGGGAUACAGAGGGAAUCGUAGAUGGAUGGCUAGCACGGACAUUGAUUCCCUCGACUAUAAUGGUGCGGUGGUCGGUUCCCUCGGCAGCAGUUUCGUUUUCACCUGCAGGGAGCUGGAGGUGUGGCACAUCACAGCGGUGAGUGGGAGGCAGCGAGGAACAAAAGCAGAGAGAGAGAGAGAGAGGCGGAAACAACAGUGCACUUCAUUGACUUGCUGCAUCCUCAUGUGAUGCGUGUAUGUCGCUGUGUGUGUGCAGGGGACCAGCUGCUGACGCACGGCAGCGGAGGAAGACAUGAGGCGGCGGGGUGGGGGUGUGGUGGGGAACAGGAGAGGGAGGGGGCGAGGGCCGCCCCUUUCCUUUGCCUGAAGUGCCUUAUGCGCUGCUCUCACUCUUCUCAUAGAGACCUAUGUGCUACUUGGCCUUUAUGCGGCUCUUGUGGUGGCGGUGCGGUGCUGGUAGAUGGCUGAUCGGUGCCCCACAGACCCCACUGUUUCUACGUUUACGCUUGUCUGUACACUGUAGCUGCUGCUUGAUGUGGUGUCUGUGUGGUGCAUGGUGUCAUGUCGUCAUCGAUGGGGGGAGGGGCACAUGUGUGUGUGUGGUGCGCCGUGCUGAUGAACGGCUGGAUCACAUUAUGGGUGACAUCAGCGGCUCCAUAUUUGUCUUUCUGCUUCCUGGGGAUGGUCCACGUCGCUGUAAUGACAGUCUGCAAGCCGGCGGAUCGAGGAAGAAGUUUUCCUGUGUGACGUACGUGUGCAGACGUUUGUGUGUGUGUGUGUCCAUAUUGCAUUGUGCACACAGCCAGAGAAGCAGACAGCCCCGCACUGUUCGUGAUCAAACAAGCGAUAGACACUGCGACACGCUGGUGUGCCGUUUCUUUGAUGACGGACGAUUCGCUGUUUGAUGCGCUCGCCGUAUGUACGCGAUUGAUUGGCGCCGUGCUGCGGUGCGAUGUAACGUGCUCUUGUGUUCCAUCGACAGACCGACCACGUGGCUGCCGUGGGGUGCAUGUGUAGAGCGUGAACUGUUUUCAUGCAUGCCACGAUGCAAGCAGGGCGGUCAUCGUCUGUGUGCUGUCCGUGGACGGGGGGAUUCAGGGAGCAUCUGUGUGUGUGUCAUUCGCUCCGCCUGUCUGUCUAUGUGUCCAUCGUGUGCACUGAUCCUGGUCACUCCAUCCAUGAGGCUGCGUGAGUGAAGGAAUGACUCCCUUCUGCACAAGUUGUUGACAUCGAUCUGUGCAAUGGAUGCUUGUGCGAGCAGUGAGUGACUGCAUCGGUCUGUUUUGUCUGUGUGUCUCCACAGAACGACCGGUACUGUACCUGCACCGUCCGUCCAGGCUGACGACUAGCAAACAUUGAAUACAGCGAAAAGCACCGCCUUUUAUGAAUCAAAC